AUGCCGCCCUUCUUCCUGGCUCUCCUGCUUUGGGUGCAGGCGGCAGGAGCCGCCAAGGCCUGUCCUCACCUGUGCGUCUGCUACGAAUCCUCGGAUUUCGUGGACUGCCGUGGCCGGCACCUGGCCCACGUCCCCCGCAGCAUCCCGCACAGCACGUGGCUCCUGGAUCUGAGGCACAACAACCUGACCAGCCUGGAGGCGGGCUCCUUCGACGCCCUGUGGUCUAUGAAGAUCUUGCUCCUGGCCCACAACUCCGUCGGCCAGCUCUGGCCCAAGGCCUUCGCGUGCCUGGGCUUCCUGGAGAAGAUAGACCUCAGCCACAACCUCCUGGCCCAGCUGCCUCCUGACUUCUCCGAUGAACUGGCCUCCCUGAAGGAGCUCAAGGCGGCCUACAACCGGCUGUCGGCCGUGGGCUCUGAGAGCCUGCAGCACCUGGAGAGCCUGGAGAAGUUGGACCUGAGCUACAACCAAGUGGCUUCCAUUGAGAAGGGGGCCUUUCGGGGCCUGUCCAGGCUUCGCUACCUCUACCUCCAGUCCAACCGUCUGGGGAUUGUCCACAACGGCUUCUUCUCCAUGCUCCAGAACCUGGAAGUCCUCUUCCUUGGCACCAACAACAUCAGCGCCAUCGAGCUGGAGGCCUUCACCUCCCUGCACAACGUGAACCUCCUGGCUUUGACCGGCAACCAGCUCAUCCACCUCAAAUUCAAGACCUUCCUGAACAUCCAGACGCCUAGCACCCACCUCCAGCUCGCCGGCAACCCCUGGGCCUGCGACUGUGACCUCCAGCGGGUCUUCAGCAAGAUCCUGAGCGUCCGCCACCUCCACGUGGAAGACUACGCCAAUAUCACCUGUGCCAGUCCCUGGCAGCUGGCCGGCUUGCCUCUGGUUUCUGUGGAUGCCCAGCUGUGUGUGGCCGAAACGGCCACCGUCCUGGUGAUCACGGUCACCGUCCUGGUGACCGUCAUUGCCGCCAUCGUCAUGGCGGAGAGGAACAGGAAGAAGAGCCAGGAGAAGAACUGGAACGAGUCGGACGGCCCUUUCGACCCGCAGGAGAAGUGA